AUGGGUGAGCAGUUGAAGGCAAUGGAAGCAGUUCAUAAAUUCACUUGGGCUAAGCUGAUGUCGGACAUGUUUGAGAAGAUGGAAAACGCUUUCAUGUUCGCUGACCUGCACCUCUUCAUCAAUGUGGUAAACGGGAUCAUGAUAAUGCACUGUGAAGAUCUAUUGAUUCUGCGACGAUGUGCUGCCACUUACAUUGCUAUGAGUAUUCAUUUUAAUAGUCUAUUCGCUAGCCAGGGCUUCUUCUUAAUCAUGCCAACCCUAUUGCGGUGCUACAGUCAGCGACAGACAAAUCGUGUUUUCUGCUCUGUUGUGGAAUUCUUGUGCCGGCAGUUUUACACUCUUCACCGAAAGCCAUUCCUUCUGCAGAUGUGCGGCUCAGUCGCCAAUAUAAUUGACAACAAU